ACAAUCUCCAUAUUUACAAAACUCUGUUUUUCAUUUUCUCUUUGAUCAAAAUCGCCGAUCACACCAUGCCGGGAAAUUCUCACCGCCGGGGAUCCGUCGUCGUAUUCACCGUGAUGAUAAUCACGUUGCUGACGUAUCCAAUAAUCAUCAAGGCUUCAUCAUCAUCAGAUGCUUCUUUAGAAGCAAGAAAGCUCGAUGAGGUUGAUCCCAUAAAGUGCUCUCCAAGCUGCAUCCAAAGUCCUCCUCCGCCGUCUCCUCCACCACCGUCUCCGCCACCACCUGCGUGUCCUCCACCGCCGGCUCUCCCACCGCCUCCGCCGAAGAAAGUCAGUUCCUACUGCCCACCGCCUCCGCCGCCGGCUAAUUUCUUGUACAUCACCGGUCCGCCGGGAAAUCUCUACCCCGUUGAUGAGCAAUUCGGAGCGGCCGCCGGAAAAAGUUUUAUGGUGGUGAAGCUCUCCGGUCUAAUCGCGUUUGGAAUUAUGGGGUUCUUGAUUCUUUGAAAUUAACAUGAUCGGAGAAAAAACAUAUUUGAAGAUCUGUUGGUAUGUUUCAGAUACUUUUUAAUUAGUUGUUGAAGAACUUUAUUGAUCGUUGGUUAAUAAUUUUUCUAGCUAGGA